AUGUGUUUGCACUUUUUGUGUGUUAAAUCACCAAAGCAAUCCGAUCUUGCGCCACUACUGCCGCCGCGCGCGCCGAGGCCAUCUAAGUCUGAGAAGCCUGGACGACCCUUUUUCCCCAAACCCGCGCGUGCAAUUCUAGAGCGCCUACAUCUGGACAAACCAUCGAAGCCGUCUAAGGGAAAAGGGACCGUAGGAAAAAAAUCUACCCCUAAAAACGUUGAAGAAAAAGCAUCGGACGAACCAGGUCCGAUGAUAUUCGUGAAGGUUGACAAGGAGGAUACUCCAGGGCUUAUGCUUAAGUGCCACCCCGGCACAAAAGCCUCGACGAUCACCGAGAUUUGCAUGCAAAUAGCUGAAAAGGUGAACGAUGUUCCAUUGCCACCUCGCAAUGCGCAUUUAACGGAGAAAAAACCUGAGCGCCCGGUACAACCGAAGCCUCGGUUACCUGGGACUGAUGAAAGACAAAAUGUUCCAAGUGCAACUAAAAAAGAACCACCAUAUAUGACAGUUGCUGGACCUUCAAACUACGAGCGAUACCCUGAUGAACUACCUGACGAUGAGGAGGAUGAAAUUUUCUCCCUUGUUUACUUCGAAGAACCUGAAGCAGACUGCCAUGACGGAAACGUCUUAGAGAAGAUCUCUGAAUCGGACUGCUUACAAGCACUAUAG